ACACUUCAAACUGAAUACCAGUGAAAUAACUUUUACAGUGAAUUUUAAAACUUUUUGGAAAAAGUAUGGAUUCAGUUCCAUUGACGAAAACUAUGGAUUCACCAGCGUUUGCACGAGUUUCAGUGGAUUCACGAGUCGGUUCAUUGGAUUCGCCAGCAUGUAUUUGUUAUCGGCAACAGUCUGGAAGUCGUGGACUUUAUGGGAGUGUAACAUCGAAUACAAGUGGAACACCAAAAAGUAUUAUUUAUUGUGUACAUGGUCGUCCAAGUACGGGAUGUUGUACGGUGUCCGAAGGUGAAAUUAUCGAUCCACAAUCGGAAGAUCAAGAUCCAAUUAUAUCAUUUAAAAAUACAAAUCAAAUACUGUCCGCAGAUCAUUGUCAUCGUAGUCGAAAUGAAGAAAUUGAUAAGAAAGCCCGACGAAAAUUGUUAAUUGCCAGUAUUUUGUGUGUGUUGUUUAUGGUUUGUGAAGUUGUAGGUGGUGUACUUUCCAGUAGUUUAGCAAUCGCAACAGAUGCCGCACAUUUAUUAACGGAUUUUGCCAGUUUUAUGAUUAGUUUGUUUUCAUUAUGGAUGGCAACUCGACCCGCUACACAACGAAUGCCAUUCGGUUGGUAUCGAGCCGAAGUUAUUGGAGCGUUAACAUCUGUCUUAAUGAUAUGGGUGGUUACUGGUAUUCUUGUCUACAUGGCAAUACAACGUAUUAUUGAAGAUACCUACGAAAUCGAUGCCACUAUUAUGUUAAUUACAUCCGGUUUUGGUGUCUUGGUUAAUAUUGUUAUGGGAUUAACAUUACAUCAACACGGCCAUACACAUGGAGGUGGAUCUUCACAUUCACAUGGACGAGGAUCUUCACAUCACGAUCAUAGUAAACCGUCUUCGAAUAAGCCUGGUGAAUCGCAUAUAGAUCCAACAAGUUUAGUUGGAGAUAAAUCUAAACAGGAAGGACAUGCUACUUCCGAUGUGGAAUCGGCAGUUCAUGCUAAUGAGGAUACAAAUAUAAAUGUACGCGCCGCGUAUAUUCACGUUUUGGGUGAUAUUAUACAAAGUUUGGGUGUCUUAAUCGCUGCAGUAAUUAUCUUUUUCAAACCGGAAUGGAGGAUGGUUGAUCCAAUCUGCACCUUUUUAUUCUCAAUAUUGGUAUUAGCUACCACAUACGCCAUUAUCAAGGAUACCUUAUUGGUCCUAAUGGAAGGUAUGCCUCGUGGUAUUGAAUUCGUGGAUGUAAUGAAUACAUUCUUAAAUAUUGAUGGAGUUGUUCGAGUCCAUAAUUUACGUAUUUGGGCAUUGAGUUUGGAUAAAACAGCAUUAUCCGCACAUUUAGCUAUAAAACCUGGAGUCAGCCCACAAAGUAUUUUACAAUUUGCAACACGUCUUGUACAUCAAAAAUAUGAUUUCUUCGAAAUGACCUUACAAAUUGAGGAGUUUCAACCCAACAUGGAGAAUUGUAGUCAGUGUAAAUUACCGCCGUAACUUCGUAAGUUUAGGUCUACGUCGAAAAUUCGAUCAAAAUAUAUAUUGUGUAUAUAACUUUCGUAUUUAUUUUGUUCUUGGAGUUUUUUCUUCAAUUUCUUUAAGUAUUUAAAAAGCGAUUUUAAUUUGAUCCUUCGGUUUGAAAAAUUCAUUGCAAAAAAUGAAUCAAAUUCAAGUCACUUGAAGUCAAUUUUACCAACUUCUGUGAUGUUGGAAACGACAGGGAAUUUUAUUCUCGACCAGGAAAAUUUGAAAUUGAACUCUAAAGACCUAAUUCUUAACGAUAUCUUGGAAUCCGUAUAUUCAGCAGGAAUCUUUGUUUUUGGGAUCAAAUUACCUUGGUAAGAGUCUUUCUCUGAUCCUUGAAAUCGGAAUGA